UUCAGUCCAGCAACAUUUCAUUAUUUCCCAGUAGCCCUGCAUGCUCGGCUCUGGACUGCUUUCUUAUGCUAAUGCAGGUCUGACAUCAGCAGUGAGAUCAAAGUGGGGCAGGGGUACUUUAGAGCUGAGUCUGCCCUCAUUCAGGCUCACUCACUCAUUCUCCUCUAGCCCAACCUUGCUCUGUCCCGCUCGCACUCACUGACCGACACGGCUGUGGUACACACCAUGCGUACCUGCCCGGAGCUAUUCUGCCACCCCGUGCUGGAUUUUACUAAAGCGUCUGGCUGACUGCGACACGGACAGCUCUGUUGAAAGGAUACUGAGACUGGGACUGGACUUUUCCCCGCUUGUGUUGAUUUAUUGAACGGGAAAGCCGAGAUCGACGGCAAAGGGUUUAGAAGAAGGGGCGUCGUGCCAUGAGCGCUGACCUUUGAGUGUGAGCCGAGAAGUUCAUCGAGUCUUUUGUGUUUUGUGUCCUGCGUAAGCCGGAGCUACUGUCCAACCAUGAGGGGCAGCUCUCAUGUCCUGCCUCUUGGUGUGAUCGCGGCUCUGAUGCUGUCGCAGGUCUGCUCUGGCAUCAAAUGGCUAGCACUGUCUCAUACUCCCGCAUCAUUACACAUCAACCAGACCCAGCACUGUAAGCAGCUGCCCGGCAUGGUGUCCUCCCAAGCUCAGCUGUGUCGCAGCAACCUGGAGCUCAUGCAGACCAUCAUCCAAGCUGCUCGAGAAGUCAAGAAAACGUGUCAGAAGACUUUCGCCGACAUGCGCUGGAACUGCUCCUCCAUUGACAUACCCAUCGAUACCCCCAAGUACCGACCAGACCUCGACCGAGGAACAAGGGAGGCUGCGUUCGUCUACGCCCUGUCUGCGGCUACCAUCAGCCACACCAUAGCGCGGGCGUGCACCACUGGAGAUCUGCGGCUUUGCUCGUGUGGUCCCGUCCCGGCGGAGAUUCCAGAGCCUGGAUAUCGCUGGGGCGGCUGUGGUGACAACCUGCACUACGGUUUGAUUAUGGGCUCCAAAUUCUCUGAUGCUCCCAUGAAGAUGAAGCGCUCCAGCUCCCAUGCCAACAAACUGAUGCACCUCCACAACAGUGAAGUUGGCAGACAGGUACUGAAAGAGUCAGUAGUGAUGAAGUGUAAGUGCCACGGUGUGUCUGGAUCCUGCUCUAUAAGGACCUGCUGGAAAGGACUGCAAGACCUUAGGGAUAUCGCCAUGGACCUUAAGACCAAGUACCUGUCUGCCACCAAAGUGGUUCACCGGCCCAUGGGGACACGUAAGCAGCUGGUGCCCAAAGACAUUGACAUCAGGCCAGUGAGGGACAAUGAGCUCGUCUACCUGCAGAGCUCUCCGGACUUCUGCUCCAAGAAUGAAAAACAGGGCUCUGUUGGAACGCAGGGCAGGCAGUGCAACAAAACCUCGUCAGGCAGUGACAGCUGUGACCUGAUGUGCUGCGGCCGUGGCUACAACGCGUACACAGAGAAGGUGGUGGAGCGUUGCCACUGCAAGUAUCACUGGUGCUGCUACGUAACCUGCAAGAUGUGCGAGCGCAACGUGGAGAGAUACGUCUGCAAAUGAGUCCACCAACCUGCCGGCCCGACCAGCGCCCAGCCGGCCGAGGCUUCAGAUCAACCAAAGCACUAAAAAUACCGAGAAGGCUUACUUCUGUCUUAAGCUUUAGCAUGCGUCUCUCAGUGAGAAGCGGUCCCUUCCUGUGUCAGUGUCAUUUUUGUUUCCCACCAAAAUCUCUGAACUACCAACUGGGCUUCUGGGCUUUUUUGCUUCACAAACCUGGAGUGUGGAGACAGUGCCAGUCGGUUCAUGCGAAGACCGCCGUCCUCCUGGGUAAUUUCUUUCUCUUAUUAAUGAUUAUAAAUCCCCCCAAACAGGGAUACUGGGUCUAAGUCUAUUUCAUUAUAUCUCUAAUAAAAAGAAACGGUAUUGGAUUCGAUGCUGGAGGAGAGAACAUCGCUUUCUCUCCCGACUUGACAAAGGCUUGAGUUUGGCUUUAAUCCACAGAAAUCGAAGGGUUCCCAUGGAUCCAUCCUUUUUUUUAGGUACUAUUCCAGCCUUUUCCCUCUUCAGCCGUGGACAAUAGAGGAAAAAAGCAACAUAAAGGGAACUUGAGCAUUUUUCAUUCACGGAACAUAUUUGCAGUUGAUGUUUUGGACUCUCAGCAUUUAUCCCGUGUGGAUCGUGACAUGGCUGCAUCCCUGUGGAUUGAGAGGACUUUCUGAAAUGGUGCAUUAUCUCACUUUUGUCUGACAUGCAGGCAAUUCAAAAUAUAUUCUAUUUUUCAGAUCAUAUGAGCUGAACUCAUGGAUUUUUGUAAACCACUUUUGUGUGGAUGUACAUACUGUUAUUUUGUAUACUGAAAUAAAGAAAGAAGUAUUUAUAAAAUAAUUAAAUGAUCUUCACUAUCAUC